GCGACUUCCUCAUCCACAUUGCUCAAUAAUCGGACGCCACCGCGCGCACCUCUCCAGAAUCGCGAUCUCUAGCCCUGAAACUGCCCUCGGGCGCGAAGAACGACUGAAGCGGGCUCGGCGCUCCCAAGCUCGAUUUGAUGCCGCACGGGUUGCCAACACUGUACCCCUCCAUUCGUACAUAUAACAUGCAACAGCCGGCUCAGGAGCACAAGCCCACCAUAGAGAUGAGUUAGUCAACACGGUCCCGCGACUUCCAUGUCAUGGAAUGCUGCAUUACAGCUGAUUACUAACCCCCAUCGCGAUCUAGGUUUAAGAGAACACCUCCUCGCCGCCGGUGCUGGCCAACCUGCUGCUCCCCAGCCUCUGCCCCAGCACUCACACCCCGGCGGCAGCCCUCACCAAGCAAUUGACCCGGCCAUUGCCGGCACCCCGUACCAGAUGAGUGCAGGCGACGGUGGUGAUGGGCAUCUGAGUGAGGGCAGGAAAGGACGACGCGAGCUCUCCACGUCGAAGCGAGCUGCGCAGAACCGUGCCGCACAGCGUGCCUUCCGCCAACGCAAAGAAGAGUACAUCAAGCAGCUCAAGGACCAGGUAAAGGAGUUCGAGCAACUAUGCGAGCUAUACAAAACCCUCCAGACCGAGAACUACCAGUUGCGCGACUACAUCAUCAACCUACAGUCACGUCUGCUCGAGACGCAGGGCGAGAUCCCACCGGCUCCAGCCGGUGUAGACCUCACGCGCUCCCAUGGCGAACCCUCGAACCACCCAGUGCCCCAACCGCCUCAACAACCACAGCCAGCUGAGGCUCAACAACAGAGCCCAACCAACAACGGAGGUCUUUCGGAGCGACAAAUUGGCGAGCUCCAAAUGGCUGCCCAGGCAGCCGCGGCGGCGCAACAUGGUCCGUCUGACAACAAUGGCAAACAUCACAUAUCAGAUGACUCAUUUGUUGCAGGUGAAUACCCCAACAAGCACCAGAAAGUCGACGAGUCACCCGCUUCAGGUCAGCAACCUUCGCCAAGCUAUCCCAAUUACCAGCCAGUUCCAAAUGCUUAUAACUAGCAGGCGGUCAAGUCGGCGACGGCUCCUCUGGUUCGACAAAUGGCUUAUAAAGACCACAGGCUCCUCACCUGUAUAUCCCUCUUUUCGUCAGCGAACUUCAACAACACCCCAACAGCAUCAAUAGG